CGUCUGUGCGUAAGAUGCCAUGGGAUGACGUGAAGGAGGAGCUCAAGUCGAGCCAUAACUUUGUACCCCUCUGUCUUCAACACUUGAAGUGAAUAUAAAUUUAGCCGAUGUGUUUAAAUCAGCUGGUUUAAAUGGAUAUCUGAAGUGCCAGGCUGACGUUUCGUUCACUUCCCGGACAGCUGAUCGACUGUUUUGGCCCUUGUGUUACACAGGGAUCAGGAAAAAUGCAAAGCGGCUUGUCGUUUUCUGACAGUGAUGUUUCGUUCACCCCUCUGGUGGUCCUUGAGCUGGCUGAUGACACGAAAACAGAGGCCAUCACUUGGUUUCUAAACAGAAUCAGAGACAAACAACAAAAUGGAGGAGCGGAGUUGUUGGUGGAGCAACUGAUACUUCCAGUUCAAGAUGGUCAGAAGCCCAACCCGAACAUCAUGUUGGUGGGAUCCACAUUACAAAGGCUCUUAGUUGGAGCUGAAGAGGUAGGGAUGUUUAAAGAGUUUCAAGAUGGGACAAUGCGAGGAUUCACCUAUGCCAACAGAGAAAGCUUCAAAGACUUUGAAGGAGAUGGCGAUGGGUUUCUCAGUGUUGCGGAGUGUCAGUAUAUUGUCAAACAUGAGCUGGAGACGUUAAGGGCUAAGAAUGAAGAUAAUGUUCCAGGAUAUCCCAAACUUAAACUCUAUCCAGGAAAAUCAGUUGUACGGCGACUGCAGUCCAAAGGUAUCCUAGUGCAGUAUUUUCCUCUCCAUCAGAAAGACGAUCUCAAGAAACUCUCUUUCUCUUGGUACAAACGGAUCAAACUGACCUUCCAGCCAUUGGAUGAGGUCAGAUCUUACUUCGGCGAGGGACUGGCGCUCUACUUUGGGUUUCUGGAGUAUUUUACAAUUGCCUUGGUUCCCAUGGCUCUAAUCGGUAUUCCAUACUACCUCUUUGACUGGGAGGACUAUGACAAGUAUGUGCUGUUCGCUGUCUUUAACCUGGUGUGGUCUACGGUUUUCCUGGAAGUGUGGAAGAGAUACAGCGCUACGUUAGCGUACAGAUGGGGUACGCUGAGCCGCAGGAAAGCCUUUGAAGAACCGAGGCCUGGAUUUCACGGAGAACUGGGGUUUAAUCCAGUCACAGGACGAGAAGAACCGGUCUACCCUAGCUCCAGGCGGCAGUUAAGGAUUUACCUUGUGUCACUUCCUUUCGUAUUGCUGUGCUUGUAUCUGUCCUUUUACGUGAUGAUGGUCUACUUUAUGAUGGAGCACUGGGCCAUAACUAUAUACAAUGACAAUCCAAACUUUGCAACCAGCAUCCUGCUGUUCGUUCCCAGUAUCAUCUACGCUGUGGUUAUCGAGAUCAUGAACUUACUUUAUCGCUAUGCAGCAGAGUUUCUCACACACUGGGAAAACCACAGACUUGAGUCUUCAUUUCAGAAUCAUCUUGUUCUCAAGGUUUUGGUGUUUAACUUCGUAAACUGCUUUGCCUCUCUAUUCUAUAUUGCCUUCGUAAUGCAAAACAUGGAGCUUCUGAGACACAGCUUGGCCACCCUGCUCAUCACCUCUCAAAUUCUUAACCAAAUAAUGGAGGCCUUCCUGCCCUACUGGCUGCAGAGGAGGAGGAACAAGAAGGCCCAUAAGAGAAUGAGGCGGCUAAUGGGUGACAAAGAGCUCCCUCUGCUGGAACAAGUUCAGCUGGAAACUGACAUGAACACAUAUCUGGGCACUUUUGACGACUACCUCGAGCAGUUCCUGCUGUUCGGCUAUGUGAGUCUUUUCUCCUGUGUGUACCCGCUGGCUGCUGUGCUGGUCGUACUGAACAACAUCACCGAGGUUUAUUCUGAUGCCUUCAAAAUGUGCCACGUCUUCAAGCGUCCCUUUUCAGUGCCAGCCGCAGAUAUCGGGGUGUGGCAGCUGGCGUUUGAGACCAUGAGUAUUAUUGCUGUGGUGACCAACUGUGCCUUAAUCGGUUUGUCCCCGAAUGUGAAAGCAUACUUCACCGAAUCAGAGACUCAGCUCAUCCUCAUCAUUGUGGCUGUCGAGCACAUUCUCUUGGCCUUCAAGUUGAUCCUGGCGUUCGUCAUUCCAGAUGUUCCUAAAGAUAUCCAAAUCCAACUCGCCAAGCUGGAUUUUGAGUCUCUAGAGGCGCUUAAGAAAAGGCAGCGCCGAGCCCGCAGUCGGCUACAAAUGAAAUGUAAGCAAGACCAAGCGAUGGAAAGCACAGAACACCAUGUGGUUUCAGCAGAGAGGGGAAAAAGUGCAAUAUUGUCUGUGAUGCUGUGAUGGACCUUGUCGUAUUCAGACUGCUUUCGCUUCAUUGCUCGACCAACGUCAUAGGAAGUGGAACAAGCCGGUCCUCUGAGGCAAAGUGUCAACUUGCUAAAGCUCACGAGAAUGUGACAUGUCCCAUGCUAACCUUCAGCGAUGAAGAGCGAAAUAAAGUCAACGCAGCCAACCUUACCAUACUGAGAGAAAAUUGACAAACUAUAAAUAAAUGAUUAUGGUACAGGGAUUGUAUCUUUCAUUACUGUGAUUUUGUUGAAUCAAAGGUUUUACACGUCUGUUCAAUAUCUAAUGAUUCACUGACCCUGAUCUUGCUCUUGUAUUUGUGUGCAGUUGUUAACAUGAGCGAUAGUAUGUUGGUGUUGCAAAAGCUAUAAAGCUUUUAAAACCCCUAGCCUCCUUCCCAUAUAAUCAAUGCUGACACGUCUAGUCAAUAAUACCAGAAACGCCCAUAAGGACCUUCCUUAAAAUCCAGAAAAUCCACCCAGUUAAGAGUGUACUAUAGGGCACAUCGACCGGCUUUGUUUAAACUUCAGCUUUCACUCAUCAUGGUGUGGUUCUAGCCCAGAGGAAGGAAGUAGGAUGUGUCUCCUGAGAUCUAUGUCCAUGUACAUCGAAGAAAAACUGACUCUCAGUACACUCUCAGAAAUAAAGGUACAAACCUGUACCUUUUCUGUCACUGGGGCUGUACCCUAAGUUUCCGUUUGGUACCUUUACAGGAAUACAAAACAGAAUGCAAUUUUGGGUAUAUUACCGUACCUUUAGGACAAUGUGCAAUGUGAUGUCAGUUUGCACAGAAAUGCCAACAGCUUGUCCCAUGAGACUGUUUAGGUUUUAUGAUUUUUAUCAUUAUAAGGUGGUUGUGUACACUGUAAAAAAUGGGACUAAUUCUCACUUUUAACUAGUUUCUUAUUAGCUUACAUAUUGUCUGUUUAGGAGGACAUAUUAAUGCGCAUGAACAUAUUGUACAUCCCUUAACCCCAAUACAAUACCUAAACCUAAGCGCUACAAAAACUACCUUAUUAGCUAUUUAUUAGCAGGAAAUUCGCAGUUUACUGAGACAAAACUCAUAGUUAAUAUCAAUAAGUGUUAAUAAGUUAAACAAUUGAAACUUGUCUUUAUAAGUUAUGUCAACUUAUCAUAAGCCAAAACUUAAAAGAGGGGGUUGAAUUGACUUGCAAAAUCAAGUUGUUUUAACUUCAUGCUGCUUGUUUUACAAUGUACACACACAGGCAACAUAUUUUUAUGUUUAUAUAACAUAUAAAAGUGAAUUUUUCAUUUUUAAUUCUUUAAAUUUUUAAAAAAUACAACACAUUUUGUAUUUCUUCUAAACAAGUCUCAUGCAUGGGUUAGAUUCAUACACUUAUAACACUAAAGUAAAGUGUAGUUGUUGAAUCAACUCAGAUUUACAAGUCAUUUCAACUUACUAUUAUUUAUCUUGACUAGAGAUGAGUUGUUAUAACUACAGGUGAGUUGUUAUAACUUAUAAAAUUAAGUUGACUUUUCUCAACUAUAUUUUAUAAGUUGUGACAACUCAUCUCUGUUGACAUGACUUGUAAAUCUGAGUUGAUUUACCAAACAAUUUUAAGGCAGCAAAGUAUUUUUUACAGUGCAACAGCCGCCUGGAUAUCUUUAAAUCAAGCACUGCAACCGAAUGAAAAGUAAAUGAGUAUAAUAAAAAACACAGUAUGAAAGCAUGGACCUCUUUAAUUAUUAAAUGAAGUUUUUCUUUCACCACAGUCUAUGGGAGUGAAUAAUAUAACCAUGGUAAAAUGUUCUCAAAGGGAUUUAGGGUUUGAACUCUAUGAACUACACGUACAGAAUCACAGUGUCAGCAGCUCCGCUCCUAUUGAUCCGUCUUUUGGAGUGAAAAAGUUAAUUGCACCUAGCAGAUUUUCACUGAGAAUGUAAUUUGCUCUGGUUUGCUGCGGGCAGUGAAAUGAAUUGAUUAAAUGAAACUCAGUCUGUGUAUGUGUGUGUGUGUGCGCUGCAGAAAAUCUGGCUUUACUUUUAUUUUUAAGAUGACGUUUCUUGCUGUAAUGUUCUUGUAUUUUUAAACCUGUUAGUUAAUAGUGUAGUAUGUCAAAGUAGAGACUCAUAUGUGACCCUGGCUGUGUCCGAAAUCACAUACUGAAUUAGAUGAAGUUAUCAUUGACCGUUAAACAGUAGGUGCUAUAUAGUAUGAUUAUGGUUAGUAUGAAUGAACUGCGUACUAAAUCCACCAUGUUGAAACAAGUGUAAUGUAAACACAAGGGACAGCUAUUCAAUAUAUGUAUUUUUCUGCCUGCUGUUUUUUGAAUACUAUGAAUUCAGACAUACUACUCCCCUCGCCUACUGCUUUUACCUACUAUAAAGUAAGGAAGUAGGCGGUUUCAGACACAGUCUCUGUCUGUGAAAAUCAAGCUAAAGUCUUAUAAUCUAAUGAUGACGCAAGGAGCAUCAACGUUUAAUUUUAUUCAGAAAUUUUAAUCUUUGACCUAUGACCUUAUUCAGUCAAUAUUAAAUAUAUUGAUUCU